GACGAGUUUCCUUUCCUUCCAAGCUUCAUACCCGACCUAGCCGUCCACCACUACUGCCUCAGCAGCAUGUCGACUGCCGACAAUGAGCUGCGAUGCAACAACCUCAAGUGUCGUGCUUUCCUGGCCACGGAGGGUCAGGCGGUAGUAACCACCUGUUCUCACAUAUUCUGCGUACCUUGCGCGACAACGCUGUUCUCAACUUCUCUCAUCUGUCCGGCUUGCAGCCAGUCUCUCCAAGGGUCUGACGGCACUGUGAUGACUACUUUGAAUCCAACCAACGAAUACAAAGCUUCGAUUCUGGCAGGACUUCCACCACACACUGUUCUGGAGAUUGCGGCGAGAGCUCUAAGCUUCUGGACUUACCAGCUGUCUCAGGAGAGCGCUUUCCAAGCUUUGAUACUCAAGAACACGCAGGAGCGACAGAGUCAUUCAGAAAAGCAACUCAACAACGCGUUCUGUGAUCUGCAAUUGGCCCAUAAGAAGAUAUCAUCUCUCGAGAACGACCUUGAAGUUGGCCGACGCAAGACCCAGGAAUCUGUCAACGAAUCGCGACGUAAGGAUCGAGAACUGUCAAAACUCAGGGAUGAUCUCGACAAGAUCAAGCGCAAAACAGCCUUCUCCCAAGUGGCUCACGGCGCCGAUAUGGCUGGCACCCCAAUGGCCACACUGCAAUCCUCUCGCAAUAGACACCAGCAAAACUCUCCUAUGGUCAACACCUCAAGGCGUUUCGUAGCUACGCCUCAGUCGACACAACAACAUGCACCUUUCCGCCCACAAUCCAGUGUCCCUUUCGAACCUAGACAGCAGCCCUUCUUUGCAACAAGGUCCAAGAGUAAUGCCGAUAAUAUCAGUGACGGCAGUGGCGGUAGCGGAGGGCGAUUCAGAGGCCCGCGCUUUACAACAGGUAUGUGGAGUCGCCCCUAGGAUCGUUCUGCUCAUUGAAGCGACAAGCUGGCCACGGGCGUCCCAGUUUCUGAAGCCCGGAGAUGAUGUAGGAGGACAGGAGGAGGCCAUUCGGUCACGGAAACGCAUCUAUAAUCUCGUACCUGCAUGUCUGUAAACGGCGUAGUAUGUAGCUAUGAAACAGGAGCGAGCGAGAGGCCCUCGACAUCAACUCGACAUAGUGUCCCGUGGGCGUCAUCGCUGCUCCGUGGCCAGUGGCCAGUGACGGCAGCGGCAUUAUGUUGAUGACCGACGGCCGCCGGAGCUCGUUCUUUUGUUG